AUGAGGGGAACACUAGAGAAAGAGAGAUUGGGUGUGACGGUGCCAGGCUAUGAUGUUUCUGGUAUCGUAGUUAAAGUUGGGAGUCAAGUAAAGGGACUAAAAGAAGGAGAUGAAGUAUAUGGAGACAUACACGAGAAAACAUUGGAUGGACCUAAACAGUUUGGCUCAUUAGCUGAGUACACAGCGGUUGAGGAGAAAUUACUGGCUUUGAAGCCCAAAAAUCUUGAUUUUGCACAGGCUGCUGGUCUCCCUCUCGCUAUUGAGACGGCCUAUGAAGGUCUUGAAAGGGCAGGAUUUUCUUCCGGCAAAUCCAUCCUUAUUUUGGGAGGUGCUGGUGGUGUUGGGUCACUGGUUAUACAGCUUGCAAAACACGUGUUUGGUGCUUCAAAGAUAGCUGCUACUGCCAGCACCCCAAAGCUGGACUUCCUCAAAAGCUUGGGUGCGGAUUUGGCCAUCGACUACACCAAGGAGAACUUUGAAGAUCUACCAGAGAAAUUUGACGUAGUUUACGAUUCAGUAGGACAGUGUGAUAGGGCAGUUAAGGCAGUGAAGGAAGGCGGCAGUGUUGUAGUUCUAACUGGGGCAGUCACACCACCAGGCUUCAGGUUUGUUGUGACUUCCAAUAGAGAAAUAUUGAAGAAACUAAAUCCGUUCCUGGAGAGUGGUAAAGUGAAACCACUUAUCGAUCCCAAGGGACCGUUUCCUUUCGACCAGGUUAAGGAAGCGUUCUCUUACUUGGAAACAGGACGAGCUACUGGAAAGGUUGUUAUAUAUCCAAUUCCAUGAUAAAGUAAGAAUACUGGUCUAAUUAUCUUGGCUAAAUAUGAGAGCAAAUAGGAACUAUGUAUGUUUUGAUGACUAAAAUGUGGGAAUUCUUGUAGAUUAUUGUUGAGCUUAUUGUUGCAACUUCUCUAAAAUUAUAUCGUGCAUCCACAUUUUUAGA